AUGUCUCAAAUAGAAUACACAAAGUGGAGCUACAAGCUGAAUGGCCAAAAGAUUGGGAUACCCAUCCUGCUGAAGAAACUUAAAGCAAUUGAUUUGCCAGAAAUGAGCGGCUCAGUUGGCGUGUUUCUCAUUGGCCGGGUUGCCUACAGUUUGACAGGGAUGAAAGUGUUGAAUGUGAGGUUGCCACAGUCAGCAGUGGGUUUGGUCCCAGGCAUUGGAGUCAGCCUGAUCAUCAGUGAUGGCUACAUUGACACGGGUGGCAACUGGAGAGUGAAAUUCUUGGGAUUCAUAUCGGACAGCGGUACUUUUGACUUGUCCGUGUGUGGAUUGACCAUCACUACCACCAUUACCAUCAAGAGUGACGGCACUGGCCGCCCAAUGGUCAGAAGUGCCAACUGUGAAGCCAGUCUUAGCCACGCCAGAAUCAGAUUGCGUGGGGGUAUUGCUAAGCAGUACCCUAACAUGAUGAUGAAGCUCCUGGUGAAGGCAGCGACAGCACCAACCGUCACGUUUGCACCCAACAACGUAACGCUGCAGGCCAACACCACUGUUACUGUUUACGCCAUCCAGCCCAACACCACCCUCACAACCCUCUUCAUCCUUAAUGUGGAUGCCAGUUUGAGCGCUCACGUUUAUGUCAUAGGGAAAAACCUGGCUGGAAAACUGAGUCUUAAUAAAUUUAAUAUAGACUUAGGUACAAGUUACAUCGGACCAUUUAAGGUGAAACCAUUAGCCUCCUUCCUCCAGAUAAUGUUGAAAAUUGUGAUACCCCACGUUAAUGUUAUCCUACAGCGAGGUUUUCCUCUGCCGAACAUUGCAAAUAUCAGUCUGGUGAAACCUCGACUGGUUAUUAUGAAGGACUAUGUGCUCAUUGGGACAGAUGUUCAGUUCAAGCCAUGAAUGAGCAUCACCUGAUGUCUGCUCACUUUCAACUGCUAAAAGUCUGUUCUUUUGUCAAAUUGAGUGGAACAAAUUGAAAACAAUCUGCUUGGACAUAUCAAUCUGCUUGGACAUAUUACUGUGUGAAAGCAAUCUGCUUUUCCAUCAUUUAUUACACUUGCACCUCCAUUAUUUGCUGCAAUCAUAAAAAAUUAAAAAAA